AUGGGGAAAGCCAGAAAUACGAAUAGGCCUCUGACACAAGAAGAAAUAUGGGACGAUUCCGCCCUCGUUCAAAGCUGGGAUGAAGCGGUCGAAGAGUACAAGUUGUAUCACAGCAUCCAUGCCAAAGGAGAGAACGUCGAAGAUGUUCUCAGAGAGGCAGAGGCUGCAGAGCAUGCCGAGAUGGGUCAGGAUGUACAGCAGCCUGAUGAAGCUGUCGAUGCCAUGGAGGAUGAUGGCGAGGCGUCCGUCACGAACCCCAGCGCUGCGACAGCGUCGGCUACAGCACAACAAAGCUCAUCAAUGAAUGCACCGAAUGCUGCGGAGGGGCUUCCGACAGCGACUGAUCAUCAGCCCUCCGAGACGAAACAUCCAACUGAGCCUGCUCCUAUGGGAGCAGCUGCGAUGCCACAAGCUGCUUUAGCACAAGUCCAGGACGAAGGGCUGAAGAAUCUGAUGAUGGCCUGGUAUUUCGCCGGGUACUACACCGGUCUAUAUGAAGGGCAACAACGAGCGAGCCAGAACAACAGCUCAUGA